UCUUUCUCUCGUUGUCGAAGAAUUAAUAGGAUGCUUUCCAACGAGUCAGGACCUCCUCCUGCAUUCAGUCGCUCUAACUCACAGGCCUCCAUGGAUAGCACCUCCAUGGAGGACUUCUGGUGUGAAGUGGAGAGCAUCAAGGAGAGCAGUGAAGAUGGAGCUGACGAAGCAACGCUCUUGGAGUUCAAACCUGCUGAUGAAGGGGAGCUGGAAGCAGAAUGGCUGCAAGACGUAGGUUUAUCUACAUUGAUCUCGGGAGCUGAAGAGGAGGAUGGCCAAGCCCUGCUGUCCACUCUGACCCGAACUCAAGCUGCUGCAGUACAGAAGAGGUACAACACCUACACUCAGACGCUGAGGAAGAAGAACAAGCACACAGUCCGGGAUGUGCGAGACAUCUUUGGCACCAGUGACUCCUCUCCCACAUUUGAGACAGUUCCAGUGUCACCAGUUCCUUCUAAUGGUAUCCAGCUUCCUGGGCAGAAGCCAGUUUGGAAAUCAGUUAGCUCUAAUAGCUGUCUAGACUGUGGACUAGAUAAAGGCAGCCCACCCGUAACAGAGGAGCUCUCCUAUGAGGUUUCUUUCUCAGAAUCCAUUACAGUCCUCCCAAAAACCCAAGAAUGGCCGAAAAACCAGAGGUUCAAAAAGGAAGACUCUGCUUUGCCUAAAUUCAUUGUAAUGAAAAGCCGGUUUGGACUGACAGAGGUUGGAGACCUCUCUCCCGAAGACAUGAAGAAGAUUCGCUACCUCUCCCUGAUCGAGCUAACUGCUUUCUAUGAUGCGCUGGGGGUGGAGCUGAAGAGGAACCGCGCAGAGAGGGUGCGGGGACGAGAAAAUGGUCUGUUUGGAGUCCCUCUCACCGUACUGCUGGAGAAUGAUCAAAAGAAGGUUCCUGGAAUAAAAGUUCCCCUCAUCUUCCAAAAAUUGCUGCUCAAGCUUGAGGAAACAGGUUUAGAAACUGAAGGAAUUCUACGAGUGCCUGGAUCUGCCUCCAGAGUCAAGAAUCUCCAUCAAGAACUCGAGGCAAAAUUUUAUGAAGACACUUUUGACUGGGACCAAGUACGAAAUAAUGAUGCAGCAGGACUGCUGAAAAUGUUUAUAAGAGAACUCCCAAGCCCGCUUUUCACAGUAGAAUAUUUGCCUGCUUUCAUCACACUAGUGGAAAAAAUCUCCAAGAUCAAGUUACAGCUACAAGCUUUGCAUCUGUUGAUCAUGCUGCUUCCUGAAGCCAACAGAGACACAGCCAAGGCCUUUCUUCAGUUCCUGAAGAAGGUGGUUGCUAAUGAAGGAAAAAAUAAAAUGAAUUUGUGGAAUGUUUCUAUGAUUGUUGCACCAAACCUCUUCAUCUACAAAGGGAAACGGGCAAACCAACAAGAAAUGCAAGCAGCCGCCACCACAGCACACAUUGUGCGGCUUUUAAUUCGGUACCAGGACAUCCUGUGGACAGUCCCAUCCUUCCUGAUUUCCCAAGUAAGAAAAAUGAAUGAAGCCGCAAUGAACAACAGCAAAAGGCAGCUGAUGUUUGACAAAGGAGUAAGAAAACUUCUGAGGAGAAAGACCAUGGAACGAGAGAGACCUGAAAGACCAGAGGGAGCUGUCACUUUUCCACCAUACCUGCAGUCUGACAUACCCGAGGGGGUGAUAAGAGUUUAUGCUCCACUGCAUUCAAAAGUCUCUAUGGCAAUUCAACUCAACAGCCAAACAAAAGCCAAAGACAUCCUGGCUCGAUUCCACUGUGAAAACAGCCGCGGAUCAUCACAGAACGUGAGAGGCCAGAUCCAAAGUUUACAUGAAAUUGGAGGAAAUAUAGGUCAGCACUGCUUGGAUCCGGACGCAUACAUGUUAGAUGUUUACCGUGCAAAUCCUCAUGCAGAAUGGGUGAUAAAACCAAAAGCCAGCUGA